AUCCGGUGCACUGACGUGGCCACAGGGAGCCGCCAUCUUGUGGGAACGCCUUGAAGAGGAAGCGAGCGGUGCUGUGUGGUGAUUUUUCCUUGGCCAGUGUUGGACACUUUGUGUUUCAGCCAUGGGAAAUGUAUUUGCAAGUGUCUUCAAAGGCCUAUUUGGCAAGAAAGAAAUGCGAAUUCUCAUGGUAGGCCUAGAUGCUGCUGGAAAGACAACCAUUCUUUACAAACUUAAACUUGGUGAAAUCGUGACUACUAUUCCCACUAUAGGUUUUAAUGUUGAAACAGUAGAAUACAAGAACAUAAGUUUCACAGUGUGGGAUGUAGGUGGUCAGGAUAAAAUUCGACCUCUGUGGCGUCAUUACUUCCAGAACACGCAGGGUUUAAUCUUUGUGGUAGAUAGUAACGAUAGAGAACGAGUAAAUGAAGCCAGAGAAGAAUUAAUGAGAAUGUUAGCGGAAGAUGAGCUUAGAGAUGCUGUUUUACUAGUGUUCGCAAAUAAGCAGGACCUUCCAAAUGCAAUGAAUGCAGCAGAAAUCACAGACAAGCUUGGACUGCAUUCUCUCCGUCACAGGAACUGGUACAUCCAGGCCACCUGUGCCACCAGUGGCGAUGGUCUCUAUGAAGGACUGGACUGGUUGUCUAAUCAACUCCGAACCCAGAAAUAACUCCAGUCUUGUGUCCUCUUUCCAUCCUCAUCUCCUCUCCUUCCUCCUGCUUUAUUCUCUGAUGUGGCAAACUGUACUACUUUGUGGUAUUGAGUGCCGGAAGCCGACCUCAUUUCAUUUCUGUUGUCACAAUAUGUAUUAUGAAGCCACACCUUUUAGUUGUGGGGGGAACGAGCUCAGAAGCAGUUAGAUUUCUUAUUUAAUGUAAAUAGUCUUUUUUGUAAUGAGGCAGCUUCUGGCACUCCUAUGCAAUAUUUACUCAGCCUUUAUUCUUUUUCUCGUCCAUUUUUGUACAAAUUUUGACUGACGUACCUCUGUAGUACUGGAAAAGGAAUAUAAGAUCCUCGCAAAUACUUAUUUAGAAAGGUCCAUAUGACAGUUUUAAUAGUAUCCAGUUUCUUUCCAUUUUCUGAUCUCCAUGUUGAGAUUUUCUUUUAAUUGGAUGCUGAUUUUUAACUUCUAGUACUGUAUGAGUGGUGCAAUCUUGAAUCUUAUCUGUCACUGAAAGUGAAGGAAGCCUGUGAAAGCGCACAGAUGCACUACUCUCAAUGAAGUGGUUACAUUAAACUCAGCAGGUAUUAGUCAUGCUUUAAAACUUCAGACAAGCUUGGCGUUGCCUGAUGCAUACUGUGUAGUUACCAUGUAAUUAACCACAGUCUGUGAUGCUAAUGCCAAGGCGAAGUUCAUUUUAAAUCCUGUUGGUUCUUUCAUGAGCCUCUGCAGUUUGUCAUUUGAAAGGACUGAUGGCUUAAUUUUUGCCUUUUUUAAAGUUAAUAAAGGUCGGGCUGGAUUAUGCAUGGAGUGUCUUUCAGGUCUCUAAAAGCUUAAUGAUGUAAACAGGCCAAGAGUCCAAUAAUUGUUUCUUUUAAAACUUACCAGUGACAAUUUUCUCUGCAGAUCCCUUUUUUGCUUCAUGAGUUCUGGAUAAAAUAUUCAUAGUGACUUACUGCUUUUUUUAACUUAGUUGAGUUACCAAAAAUACCUUUUCAAGUCAUUCCAUUCAAGUGUUAUGUAAACACCUAAAUCCGGUCUUUUCAGUGCAGCUGGAUUUCGUUUGAGCUACAAGGUCAGAUUUGCCAUUUCACCAAAAAGCCUAUUUUUUCCUGUUUUGAUCAACACUGAAGAUUAAGUUGUCUGGAAUUAAUUUGUGGGUCUUUCUCUUUGGGUUUUUUUAUUUCAUAGUGUGACUUUUUUCUUAUUUACUCAAUUGUUUUUUAUGUAAACUUAUUUUCAUUUUGACAGAUAAGCACUGUAAUUAAAGUUAUUAGAAUAAAAUAUGAAAGGCAUUCAUGUCAUUUUGUUUCAUGAAUUAAUACCAUCUGCUCACACAAGAAUAUUUCUGCAGUCAGAUCGCAAAUUAAAGGAAUGUCAGUUGAUGACAUCGAUUUUGCAGACCAGCAAGGGUCUACUAAUGCUCUCAAGUGAAACUUGGAGACUUGAUUGCAACAAUUAGCUUAACUUGCAUGUGACAUGAAUUUGUGGGGCUCAACUUCCUUUUUCAAUGUAGAACAUGAACUUAGAGUGGAAUCUUUCUCCUUGGCAUUGUGAAAGGAAUACAGUAUUGAAUAAUGCUGUCCAUGUUUAUUUAUUUUCAGUACCUCUGGUGUCUUUUCCAUCAGCACUAAAGAUCCUCUGUUUUCAGGUAACUCUUUGUAAAAUAGGCUUUUAGCUCCAGGAUCACAGGUUGUCUCGCCUUCCUGCGGUGGCUAGAAAGCAAAUGCGACUAGUGCUGCUGUAGUGGGGUGACACAGAGGAAUCUCUUACUGAUUGUGUACCUGUAGUACUGGACAGUUUCCAUGACUGUUGUCCAAUUCCUUUGAUCCUAUUAUCCUUUGCAUUGUGGUUUUGUUGCACAGAAAUAAGCACUAACCCAGACGGACAGAUGUGUUUAUGCAUCAGAUUUGAAUUGUUACCUUAUUUAAAAUGAGGUAUUUUGAUUUGAGGUAACAAAAAUAUUUUUUGUUCAAGAAAAAAGUGGUCUGUGAGGUGUUUCCCUGAUAUUCAUUAAUGGGUUUCACUGAAAAGUGAAAAAAAAGUGUGUAUAAACAUGUUAAAAAUACUAUGACACUUUUCAUGAAAGUGAAGUCAUGCUUUCAAAGCAAGUGGUACAUUUUGCUGUCCUAUUUUGAAUUGUGAUAUGGUUCACUAAAGCUUAUUUUACACAAGAAUUUUGUAACUUUGGAGACUUGAAUGAUACAAAGAAUUAUAUUAAUGACCCAAGAGACUGAAUGGCGCAUGUGCAUGUUUUGUCAAAAAGUAUGCAUCUACUCAUGCCAAAUGUACUAUAGGUCUUGUUUCUGGUAUAAAUAAAAGGAAGUUCUCAAAGUU